GCUUUGGACAAGUUCAUUUCCCGGGCCAAGGUGUGGCGGGGCAUCGGCUGCGGAAUGAUGCUGACCCUCUUGGCUUACCGCACCUACAUCUUCCCCGUGCUCUCCUUCCUCCUGCAGCUGGACCAGUUGCCGUCCAAUUGGGACGUUGUGGAGCAGCAGGCAUGCGUCCUCCUCUUCCCCGGCCCCCGCUGCUGGACUACCCCAGCGGCGCUCCGGAGCUUGCGGUCCUUGGGGUUUCACGCGGAAUUGGUCGACGCAGCAUCCGUGGCGAUCGCGGCCAAGUGCCGGGUAUAUCGAUGGGAGAACACAGCUCAUGGAGGACUUCAGGUACGUCGUCGUUCUCGUUUUUUGGACGCACUCCGACUGGAUUCUGAUCAUUUGGAUCGUUUGGUUGCCUGGAGCGGCUGGCACGGCCAGAAUUUCUUCACGAACCUCACAAACGCGCGCGGCCAUCUGGAACACAAGGCAGCAGCAGCCAGAGUGUCGGUCGAGGCAUUGGUUCAGGGCGACGCGCCGGAACCAGCGCCGAGGUCUGAAUGGCAGAAGCGGUGUCGGAUUAUAUUGGCGGACCCGCGCCCGCAGGGCGCCGUCCGCCACCUCGACCGCUGCCUUUCUCGUCUCCAACUCCCGGUGCUCCGUGGGCGCCGCUUGGAGCGCGCGACGCUCGCGCUCCGCGGCCUGGCGCCGCUGGUGCCCCCGCGGGUGUGGGCAUCGGUCUACCGCGUCAUGUGCAACGGCUGGACUACAGGGCGCCGCAUGCAGAGGCCAGCGCCUUGCGCGUUUGCAUGCGGACACGGGGAGGACAGCGUCGAGCACUACAUCCACUGCUCCAGGGUCGCGGAGUUCGGGCGCAGGCAGCUGGCGCUGACUGCCCCUCCACCCGGCGAGCGCUUGUCUCACUUUCUGCUCCUCUCCCCCCGUUUUUCCGAAGACACGGCGAGCGCUAUCGCUCGCCGUGCCCUGGCGGUGUAUUGCCUUUACGCGGCAUCCACAGCGGCGCGCCACGGGGCCACCUCCAACGCGUGGGAGGCCAUGUGGCAGUACGCUAGGGAAGCUUGUGCUGCGCAUCCUCGCCUCGCAUCGCUCGUGGCCGCAGUGUGGCAGAGCUGA